UGAUACUUUUACAUUUUUGAGUGAUGGCUAUACCCAAGUACAAUACAUCCCACUGACGAAUAUAUCGAAUGUAAGCACAACAGCUGCGUCUUCAGAUCAACUAACCAUACAAACGAUCUUGCAAGAGUUACGUUCUUUGCAAACAAAAUUUGAAAAUUUCAAAGAAACUAAUACAAAAAUAAUAAAAACUUUGACGGAAGAAGUCGUUGCGUUAAAAACCGAAGUCAAGCAGCAAAGAAAUAUGCGUGGGAAGGAUGAUAAGUCUCUAAUACCUUCCUUGCCUUUCAUGGAUGUCAAGGACUUUAUUGAUUUUGACACGAAGCUGCUGUUGAACGACAAAAUAACAUCUCAGCUGAAAAAUAUCAUAUAUAGAGUUGGAGGAAAGGAUUUCCCUUCAUUCCUAAGAAUGGCAUUGAAAUCCAUUAUAUCGGAUGCUAUGGCCGUUAAUUUAACUUGGCGUGGAACAAAUGACAAACCCAGUAUCCAACGCUUUACAACAUUUGCACUAAUAAGAAAUGCCUGUCAUUCCAAAUAUUCGAACUCGACCGAUAUGGAUAUAAAAAGUGUGUUAACAGCACAUACUUCACGCCCGAGACAGAGUACAAAAAAAAAAACAAACAAACAAUUAAUGAACUGAAAAAUUAAAAAAAUCUUAUUUCUAAUAUUCACAUGAAUUAAUUUUUUAUUUUUUUUUUUAAAUACAUUUUUGAAUUGAAAUAAAUAUAAAAAAUUUAAAAACGAAAA